UUUGUUUUGUGUUUUCAACCCUCAGCGUAAAUUAUUUCCAUAGACACCCCAGAAGUAAAAGCAAUUUUCAAAGUUCUCUCUCAAAAGGGACAAUGUUUCCCUUGCUUGUCGGAAUAGUACUAUCGUUUUGUGAGCUGUCCAACUCCGUACCAACUAACGAUCCAUGCAUUACGUACAAAGAGCUUCAAGACUCUGCUCGUUCUCAGUUCAACCGCCUCUCUGGCUUACAGGAUGGAAAGUGCGACAGAAAGUUAGUUCCAGGUUGGUACAGGUUUAAAGGCGGAGCUGGGACAAAGAUGCCAGAGUCUUGCGUCAAGCCACUCCAAUGUAGUACCCAUUCCCCUGGCUGGUACGACGGGCCCCAUCCAGCGAACGUUGGGGGAAUUUCAUCCGGAAGAGUUUGUUUCAGUUGGAUGGGUGUUUGUUGCCAAUGGUCCAGCCCUGCAAAAGUAAAGCGGUGCAAUGGUUUUUAUGUGUAUAGGCUGUCGCCGACUAGCCAUUGCGCUCUACUGUACUGUGGAAACGGUACUGCAGAGUCGACUGUGGAACCUACAACUUUGCCGUCUCUCGUAAGUACAACAACAAAACCAGGUGACGACUUUACCAUUGACGUGAAGUGCGACAGAGACCAAAUCAAAGUCAUGUUACACAUCAAAUCUCACCUCAACUACGAUCCAGAAACCGUCCACCUCAACGACGCAUCUUGCAAACCUUCCUUCCAAAACAGCAGCCACAUAUUUAUCAAAUCAACGCUCGAAGGAUGUGGAAUGAUAUGGAAUGUCUCGCAAGACGGUAAAAUGCUUAUUUAUCGCAACGCUAUAACAGCCCUUGUGAAGGGCCGAGGCUCCUUGGGUUUGCAUGCGUCACGUGACCACCUGGCCGUGUUUGAAUUCCAAUGUCGUUACCAGAAGACAGCGUUGUUAUCCGUAAUCUCAUUCAAUCCGUCGGAAAUAUUGGUGAUCAGUGAUAUACAGUCGUUUGGAAAUUUCACGUUCGAGAUGAACCUAUUCAAAACCGGAGAUUUCCGUGAGCAUUACACAGAAUACCCUGUUGGACCAGUAGACGUAGGAACAGACAUUUUUCUUCAGGUGGCAGUGAAAUCAAAUGAUACUGGAGUUAUUGUGUUUGUGGAUGAGUGCAAGGCGACAGCCACACCUAAUUAUGAUGAUGAGAUGCAGUUCGUUUUCUUAGAGGAUGGGUGUCCCAAGGACAACAAUCUUCGCUAUAACUACACCUUGUCAUCUGUUCAGCGUUUCAUCAUGGGUGCGUUUCACUUCCGCCCCGUAAAGUCAGAAGAAAUCUUCCUCCAUUGUUUAGUGUUGGCCUGUUUUCAUUCUGAUGAGUCUUCGCGCUGCGCGAAAGGAUGUCCGUUCGAAAAGAGGAAAAGGCGAGUCACGGAAGAAAAAGUUGAACAACAUCUGGCUGUGGGACCCAUAAUAGUUUCUUCCUCCCAACCAAAAGAGCCUUCAGUGUCAUCCUCACCUAAAGACGACACCACCACCAUAGCCGUAGUGGCAGGAGUUCUCGGCUUCGCCGCCUUUUUUCUUGUGGUAGCCGUGGUAAUUAUUCUUUGCAAGCCCCACAGGACACCCAACGUGACUGGAGCGACCAUUACUCUACUAGUACGAAGCAAUGAUCCAGGACCGAGCUGAAAUGGAAUCCAAUGAAUUUAUAAUUUUCUCGGAUUCGGUCCUCGAUCCUCCCGUUAAGUUCCUUCCGGGAAGUACCGGUGCAUUUUUCGAAAAGUGGCUGAUAAUCAAGACUAAAUUUAGAACACUGCAGUAAAACGUUGGGCAUGCGCAAAGGAUCAAUUUUUGGCCGCACACGCGCCAAUUUCCCGCGCAAAAUUUCUAAGGAAAACAAUACGCCCAAAACAUUGACAAAUAAUCAAAACAAUUGAACUUUCAUGGACUCAAAGAGAGAAAAAUAGAACUCAUAAAUUUUUUAACAAGUGCGUUAUUGAUUUAGCAUUUUGUUUUAAGCUUUAUCCAAAGAAUAAUACGGUCGAAGAAAAUUACCAAUUCUCUUGUACGGUCUUAAACACUGCUUCUUACUGGCUCGUGUUGUUGCUCAUAACUCGCGUAAAUUUUGUGCUUAUCGUGAUUUUUACGGACUGAAAGAAAGCCACUUAGCUGUUAUAACGUUCAUACAUGCAUAGACGAACCAAUUUGUUAUGAUUUGGUUUCUAAAUUUCUAAUUCCAACUUUUGCCCAGUUUUUUAGGUAUCGUAACGAGAGAGACUUUAUAGUGUGUUUGUGGACUGCAUUGGAGAAGAAAUGUUUCGUAAGCGUUUUCCAUAGGCACUUGACACCUUACUGUAUGUAAAUAGGACAAAAAACCAACAUUUUGGGGGUUUUCGUAAUGGUCAAAUUUCAAAAUAGGUAGAAGUUAUAUGGGGCAUGAUUUCUAAUAACAAAAAAAUAUGUUAAGAAAUCAAAGAAAUAUAUCAAUAGUAUUUAUUAUAAAAUUCUCCGUCCAUCAAGCUGCUUUGUGUCCGCACAAGAAUUGAGUGCUCAUCACUCAUUGUUUCAUUGGGCAACAAAUAAACGCGUAAACAAAUGUGA